AUGUCGCAGCAGGCCAAAGACAUGUACACGGGCAUGAAAAAGAUCUUUCCCGGCGCGCACCGGCCGUCGAGUCUGUCGUUUUCCAGUCGCGUGAGUGCCGUCGCGCUCGACGCGGACCUCUCGUGUCGCAGCAGCAGCAACAGCAAUAGCAGCAGCAAUAGCAGCAGCAGCAGUCGCCACAGCAGUGACGCGGCGCACGAGCGACUGUCGUUGUCGGCGUUGGCGAUGAAGAAGAAGAAGAAGAAGCAGAAGAAAAAGGAGAAGGACGAGGAGAAGAAGGAGAAGGGGGAGGAGAAGAAGGAGCGGAGGAAGGCAAAGACGCGCCCGUCGAGUUUCUCGUUCUCGACGUGGAAAAAAGACCGCCACGAGCUGCCGCGUGCAGUGUGCGAGUCGACGCCGCCGGUUGUCAUGUCGCUGCCCUACGGGGCGACGGCCGCAACGCCGCGCGCGAAGCACACGGCCGACGACCGCGACCACGCGCCAGCGCGGCCGUCGCUGACGCAGACGCUGCAUCAGGCAUUCAGCUCGGCGUCCAGUCGCGGUCGCAGCAAUAGCAGCUGCAGCAGCACGUUCUUUGGCAGCAAGAAGACACCGCUCAACAGCGAGCACGGGAUCAACGGAGACGAAGGCCAGACAAGGAGCUGCCGUGGCUACAAACCCAAUCCUCGAAGCUUGUCGUCGUUUCUGUCAUCGUCGACGACAACAACAACGACAACAACGACGCCUUCUUGUGCUGCGCCUCCGCCGUUUGAGCUGUCGGCGCAGUUGCCGCCGAAACUGGGCGGGCGGAGCGUCAGUGCUGGUGGGGCGCGGCUGUCGUCGUGCACGCGGGGCCGGUUCCAGCUGCAGUCGAGCGUCAAGACGUCGGCUACUGCUGCGGGACGGACGCUGAACGUGUGCACUGGUGCUACUGCCGGUGGAGGCAAUAGUCACCAUCUGACGAGCUUUGGUGCAGUCAAGACAGCGCCAAGCACGUACCAGUCGAGCUCGAGCGCGAUCUCGAGUCUCACGGCGCGGGACGAGAGUUGUGGCGGUGGUACUGGCACAGGUAUUCUCGACAGUAUCGUGUACUCUCCCAAGAAGACGACGUCAAGGACGAAAGAACGGGGCAGGUCGCUGUCGUUCCUGUCGUCAUCGAGGAAGAAGAAACAGCAGGAGCGGGAGGAGUUUAACCUCGAGCCAACGCGAGACGAGCAAGAGCUGUACACGAAGGACGGGCAGGAGAUUGUCCGGCCUCAUGCGCCCACGUGGGACUCGGACAGUGACGACGAUUAUGAGAACACCAAACGGCCGUCGCGCGGACUCGACCGCCGCUCGCAGAGUAUGGACUUUAUGGAACAGGCGCCGACGCACCUGAUUGCCAAGAUUUGGCGCAAGCUACCGAUCCAAGCGCGACUCAUUGGCGGACGUGGGAACAUUGAUCUGGACCUGCAGAAGGACCGCACGAGCUUUUCGCGCAGCUCAGAGGCACGGAAGUUUGCAUUGGCAGCUGAGAAAGCCAAGGCUGCUGAGCUGCAGCGUCGCUCGAUCUCGGAAGAGAAGGUGCCGUCGCCUGCAUCGUCUACGGAGGACGUGUCGUCGUCUCGGGGUACCAGGCGCACGCGGUUCAGCUCCAAGCUGACAGUGGUUGCGUCCGAUGCCAGCGACGGUGCAGCGGGCGCGUACACGGCAGUGGAGAGCUACGACGACGUGCUCGUGCGCGUGUGCAAGUUUGCCGCUCACGACCAGCGACCGACGACAACAAAAGUGCAGGAGUUUCUCGAACGCUCGAUGGCGUUUCUGCAUGGCUCACGCACCAAGCACGGCAACGUGGUGAACAUUUCAAACGGAGAGAUCCGCAUGUGGCGUCGGUUGGCGCUGCACGACUGGACACUGGAGGAGGUGACGACGACACAAGCGGCUGCUGCUUUGGGUGUGAAGGGCAAGGACGUUGAAGCGCCGUCGUCGUGCACGAGCUCGUCGGUGACGGAAGGCACGGACAGCGAUAGUGACAGCCAGCGGUCCCUGGGCCACCGGAAACUGCUCAGUGUGGCGUUCCACCGGUCAUUGAGCCAGAAAAUAGUUGAGGAGAAGCCUGAGGGCGAGGGCGACGACGUCGAAGUGCUGGACGUGCCGUCCAACAUGAAGUUUGCCAAGCUGUGCGACGUGGUCAACUACUGCGUGAACUUUGGCGAAGUGCUGUUCACGCCGGACGAAGUGAGCGAUUUGGUGCGUCUCGAGUUUAUCGUCGAAGAGGACGGCUGGAUCUAA